GACGCUAAUAUUAAUUAAAUUUUACAUAAUGUCUUUCACUAACAAGGAAAACCCAAAGGUCUUAGUCUUAUUCGAUGUUGACGGUACCUUAACUCCAGCCAGAUUAUUCAUUUCUGACGAAAUGAAGGAAACUUUGGAAAAGUUGAGAAAGAAGGUUGUUAUCGGUUUUGUCGGAGGUUCCGAUUUCUCCAAGCAAGUUGAACAAUUAGGUCCAAACAUCUUGGAAGAAUUCGAUUACUGUUUCUCCGAAAACGGUUUAACCGCCUAUAAGUUGGGUAAACAAUUAGCUUCCCAAUCUUUCAUCAACUGGAUUGGUGAAGAAAAAUACAACAAAUUGGCCAAGUUCAUCUUGAAGUACUUGUCUGAAAUCGAUAUCCCAAUUAGAAGAGGUACCUUCAUCGAAUUCAGAAACGGUAUGAUCAACGUUUCUCCAAUCGGUAGAAACGCUUCUACUCAAGAAAGACACGACUACGAAGCCUUUGACAAGGUCCACAACAUUAGAGAAAAGAUGGUUGCUGCUUUAAGAGAAAACUUUGCUGACUACGGUUUAACUUAUUCUAUCGGUGGUCAAAUUUCUUUCGAUGUUUUCCCAACUGGAUGGGACAAAACUUACUGUUUACAACACGUUGCUGAUGAACACUUUGAUGAAAUCCACUUCUUUGGUGACAAGACCUACAAAGGUGGUAACGAUUACGAAAUUUACAACGACCCAAGAACUAUUGGUCACUCUGUUACCAAUCCAAAUGAUACCAUCAAGAUCUUAAACGAGCUUUUCAAGUUAUAAGCAAACCUUUUCUGUUUAGAUAAUUAAUAGAUUUUACCCUUU